CAGACGCUCAAAAACCUGCACUUCUGCCUGAGCUUCCUACUCUCAGUACCUCCGUCAUCGUCGUCGUUGUCGUCGUCGGGUUCAUCUUCAUCUUCUAACCAUGGACUCCAACAAGUCGCAGAAGAAGAAGAAGUGGUUUGUACCGCUAGUUUUCUCUCUAGUACUAUCUACCCUCCUCAUCUUCGUCUCCAUUUUCGUUUCUUCCAGUUCUUCCUUCCAAUUCUACCGUAUCCGCGUGAGAAAGGAAGUUCCUCACUUCGUUGAAUCUAAGCUUAGGGUGUCUUCAACACUGGACAGCUCUGUUCCAAGAAUCGCGUACUUGAUUUCGGGAUCAAUGGGAGAUGGCGAGAGCUUGAAGAGGACGCUCAAGGCGCUAUAUCAUCCCAGGAAUCAAUACGCAGUGCAUUUGGACCUUGAGGCAUCGACAGAGGAGAGACUUGAGCUGGCCAAUUAUGUGAAAAACGAGCCUCUCUUUGCGCAGUUGGGCAACGUGAGAGUGAUCUUGAAGGCCAACUUGGUCACUUAUCGAGGACCUACCAUGGUCACUAACACGCUUCAUGCUGCUGCCAUUCUGCUCAAGGAAGGUGGAGAUUGGGAUUGGUUCAUUAAUUUGAGCGCUUCAGAUUAUCCUCUACUCACUCAGGACGAUCUGCUACACACACUUUCAACUAUUCCGAGACACCUCAAUUUCAUUGAGCACACCAGUGACAUUGGCUGGAAAGAGUAUCAGAGGGCCAGGCCCAUUAUAAUUGACCCGGGUCUUUAUAGUGUGCAUAAAUCUGAUGUAUUUUGGGUGACAGAGAAAAGGAACGUGCCCUCGGCAUAUAAGCUGUUUACAGGUUCGGCCUGGAUGAUGCUCUCUCGACCAUUUGUUGAAUACUGCAUAUGGGGUUGGGAUAACUUGCCUAGGAAGGUGUUAAUGUACUAUGCCAACUUUCUAUCAUCGCCCGAAGGAUAUUUUCAUACAGUCAUAUGUAAUGCUGAGGAGUUUCGCAACACUACUGUGAAUCAUGACCUCCACUUCAUAUCAUGGGACAACCCUCCUAAACAACACCCACAUUUCCUUAAAGAUGAGGACUACAGGAGAAUGGUAGACAGCAAUGCUCCUUUUGCAAGGAAGUUUGGCAAGAAUGAACCAGUCCUGGAUAAGAUAGAUACUGAGCUCUUGGGCCGAAACGCCAAGGGCUAUGUGCCUGGUAGGUGGUUCAGUCGAGUAAAACCAAACAUGACCUUCUUAGAUCAUGGCAUAAAAAAUAUCACUGAACUUAGGCCUGGUCCUGGGGCUAAAAGGUUUAAACGCCUUAUCAAUGGCUUGUUAUCAGCAAAAGAUUUCAAAGCAAAUCAGUGUGCUUGACACGUUAGUUCAGCGAACCAACUCUGGUCCCUGUCUUUUCAUUUCCCAAUUGCCAACAGGAAAAUGACUUAUUUCUUCUAUUGACAUCAAUGGUUGGUGUGGGAUCAAACAUGGGGAAAAACCAUCACAGAAAACAGAAAUGAGUACUUCUUCACUUUACCCUUGACCCUAUAUAUUAUUACACCGCAGAUUUGUGAUACAAAAGGAGAGUCCUGAAUAUUAGUCGAUUGGUUCCACAGGAUUCUUACUAAUUUUUUUUCUGGGCGACAAGUCAUUGAUAUCUUUGUUAUAUUUUGUAGAAUGUUAUGAUAGCAAAUAUGAGAAUUUACUUAAUACACAGGCUGGAUUUCUGGUACUGGCACUGCAAGACCUGCAUAGCUAUCUGCUGUAUAUUUUGUCUUUUUGUCUUUCUUAUGGCUUCCCCCGCCCCCAAUAGAGGAAAAUGUUCUUCCUAGGAGUUGUGGCUCUCAUGAGUUAAAUUUUAUUUUCGUUCUUAGGCUA